ACAAAGAACUGUAAGACACGAAACAACAAUGGCAAAAGCGGGAACUUUACCUGCAUACGUGUAUGGAAACAUGCCUAAGGUUGCUGAUGCGCCACUUGUUCUGUCAUCAGACCAAGAAUCAAGCGAGAACAAAGAUGAGGAUGUAGCAGCCUACAAUUUUCCUGAUGAAUACGACUCGGAGUCAGAUGAAGAAAAUGAGGCGAAUUCAAUCGCAAACUUUUUGAUGGGCACUACUUCGUCAUUCGGUAGGGCUGUCAGAUUUAAUAGUCGUUUGAUGUUCUAAACUUUACGUUCCAAGCUGUAAGUACAUGAUUCUAUACGUUCUAAUACAUACAUGGUCAUACAUGUGCUUUUUCUAUGUAUUUUCGUAUAGCAGCACCCUGCGCGUCGUCACUGGAUUAACUGCCAGGGGCGGUUGUAUAAAAGUCUUAACUAUUUUUUAACUACCUGUUUUGCAGUUAAAUGUCUUAAAUAGUAGUUAACUCUAAAUACACGGUUCUCAUUGGAUAACUUUUUGCACUUAACUAUAGCUAACUUUAACUACUUUUUUAUACAACCGGCACCAGUUGAAACUUGUGUUUGCUUUGACGCUUUAAAUUAUAUUUUCUAUGAACAGAGAAAGGUUAUGCAAGUAGAUACAAGCAAAUAUAGAAACCACAGUCGAGACAGUCAACAUAAAAAUGAAGGGUCCAUGCUCAACUUUAUUGCUUUUAGUGAUAGUUAUUGAAAAUUUGUCUGUCAUCAGUCUCAUUAAUGUCAUCAUACCUCAUCUACAUGUAUGAUUACAUUGAUUGCGGUUUAAUAAGAUUUAGAAGCUUCUUCAAUGUUAACACGUUCUUUGAAAAUCUCGCUAUCCAUUGUUUACUUCCAAAUCAUGACUACUGGGUCACUACUUUGGGCAGUGUCAGAAUAAAGGCAGGAACGGGAAAUUGGGAUGAGGCAUGGCAGGAUAACGGGAUUUUAAGUGAAAAUUUGGCAGGAUGGCAGGAUUUUGGAACCCAGUACAGGCCCCUCAUUGUUGGUCAUCUUGUGAUUUUUCUCUUGCUUUUCAUGACUUUAACACAUUUCAGGAUCGAUCAGGAGUAUUGUGGAGACUAGAAACAUUUAAAUAAUAUAUUGAACAAUAAGUAAACCUACAAAUGUUGCAUUUCAAACGAUAUUUCAGACAGUCCUAAAGUCGCUUUAAUGAUAUUCACCUUUAAUUAACUCUUUUACCAACGAAAAGAUAAAAACUCCUUUAAAGAGGGGGAAAAGUCCCUUCUGCGCAUGUACGGAGUUUGUUUAUGUUUUUGUUUAGAACUGCAUUAUUAGCAUAAGAUGAAAUAUACCAGUAUAGUAACACUCUCUCUUUGACUAUUUUCAAUUUGCAUAUGGCUGACGCACUUGAAGAAAGCUUCUCGCAGGAAGACUUAGAAAUAAGUCAAAUAGAGGAGCUUGCAAGAUUACCAAACGUAGACACAAUAUUACAACAUGCCAAUGCUUUGGCUGUUAUUGUUGCCUGUGUGAAAAUGGAAGAAACUUCUGUCCAUGUAAAAACAUAAAAUAAAUUCCGAAAAUAGACAUCUUGUGUUCUUGAUAUUCAAGAUAAAAACAAGAGUGUAAAGGCAGAGUCGGUAAUAUUUCAUCUUUAUUCCAAAGACAUCGUCAGACCUAUGAAAUUACAAGCAAGCUGUGAUCUAUAUGUAUAGCUAUUUACAGAUGUAGCGGAAAUAUAAAAUUACAGGUUUUGUGUGUAAGCCAAUGUGAUGGACUAAUGGCUUUAGAACAAUGAUAGUUUUUUUUACAAGCUUUUAGACCACUAUUGAGUUGUGGCAUAUUACGCUUUAUCAGUAGUGCUUCUAGGAUAAGGAGUUGUUUAGGAUUAUUAUUAUUACAACGAUAUAGGAUUUUUGUAUUAGUUUGAAUAAGAUUACAAGGAUUGCAAAGUCAAGUGAAGUCUUCCUCAGAAUCAAUGUCAGGAAAUGAGAAAAGGCAAGAGAUGAAGUGUGCAUCAGGACAGUCUAAGAGAUGUUGAGAUAUGGCACUAGAAUUGUUGUAGUUGGUAGCGUGCUGUGUUAGUCUCGUUUGUAGGUUACAUUCAGUUUUACCUAUGUACGUUUGCCCACAACCAGGACUCUUGUUUUUAUCAUGAAUAUCAAGAACACAAGAUGUCUAUUUUUGGAAUUUGUUUUAUUUUGUAUUUUCUGAAGUUGGCUGCUUGUCGUGCUUGUUGGCUGCUUUGUCGUGUUAGGGGCUUCGGUGGCCAAGUGGUUAGCGCACUUGCCUUUCACCUCUAAGGUCGCAGGUUCGAAUCUCAGUGAGAACUUCUCAAUGUGACUCGAACCCAGUCCUCAUGUGAAAAGAGUAAAAGUCAACGCUCUGCCGAAAGUCGUGGGUUUUCUCCGGGCACUCCGUGUUUCCUCCCACAGGGAAAGUUGACAGGGUGGGUUAUGCACAUAGGUCUGGAGGCAGAUCAUUAUUAAUGAGGUAUGGACUAAUAGCGGCAGCUGCUCAAGCGCCAUUUGUAAGCUCAACGUCUACCUCGGUCUGCUUCACGUCAGUCCGGUUCUAUCUAUCUAUUCAUAAUGUAACCAGUCACUGAAAAGCCCUGAUAUAGGGAGUGUGCUGUGAAAUAUCUGUAUGUAAAAGCAUGGAUAAGUAUUGUUCGAACGUGUGUCAUGGCGGCGAUUUAUGGUCUUGCAUGAACAAUCCAAGACUCCAGGAAAGCGACAGCGAAGAGUCAGGUGAUACAACGGUAAAAUUUUACUUUAAUCUCAUUUGAUUUGGUUUAAUGAUCCUUUGAAAGUAUAUUUUUGUAAGCUUGAAACAAAUUUGUGGUGCGUAUAUGCAAAUUGGCUCAUUGCUGAAUCAUUUCCGAUAUGUGACGAUAUUUUUAGUCAAUCACAUCACAAUUUUAAAUGAAUACAAGUCUUUGGUACGAAUCUGACCACAUUAAAUAGUUUUGUACUAUAGAUACAUCAUACUUGUGUCAAACGUUUUAUGUAAUAAAUGGGCUAACUUGCAAUCGGACGCCAUUUUCUGGUCGAAUUCGGUAGCUAUUUAAAAACCAACAUAUUUGAGAGUUUUGCUUUACUUUUUCAAAUUUGAAUAUCAAUGUAUUUUAGUACUAUGCUUGUAGCAUACAGUAUAAAACCAAAAAUUUAUAAGCAGUUUUAUAUUUAAACAAGACGCCGACUCGGCGUUAACCUCGAGUCGGUGGAUAGGGGAUCGUCUGGUAAAUAUCCAAAAAUUGUGUAAAUCACGAUAGUUUAAUAGUUCACUAGUAUAAAUGGUGAAUCAGUUAAUCAAAGCUCCGUUUUAAUAUUUUAUUGAUAAUAAUUACUGGCCCUCAUCAAACCUAUUGUUUUCUCUCUGCAUUAUAUCAGCGAAUGUCGAGAAGUUUUCAUUUAACGUUCUACUGAAAAACGGGAGCGGCCUUUUUGGUUGUAUAAGGAAAUUCCGGCUCAGGGGUAAAUGUUUAUACGCGUCAUAUUCUAUGUACGCGUUAAAAUAGCACACAACAUUAUUAAAAAUAAUGCAGCGUGCAUCAGUGCACACAGACAUUAUUGGCAAUAAUGCAUCUUCGUCACCCUGACAUGUAAACGCAGCAACGUACAGUAGUCUUCCAGCCGAAAAUAAUUACUUUUGAUUCGGGUCAGUAAUUAUAAUAGAUAACAAGUGAAAGUUGGCCGCGAUAUUCCCAUGCUAUGCAUACAAAGUAUUGUGCAUUAUAUCAACAUAUACUCGAGAAUAGUUAUCCAGCUAAACAUCUAUGUCAACAUUAUCACAUCUUCUGGUUUUAAAUAAAAAAUUUUGACGGAUUUUGUGCAAGGACAGCUUCGGGUUCCGUUUUGCUUUGGCCGAUGCUUGAAAUAAUCCGGAAGUACACUUAUUUACCGGAAGUUGUCGUCUCCUCUGCAGGCUCUUCAACUACGCACGCGGCUCGACACAAAUGGGAAAAAAAAAAGAAAAAAAAUAGGAGCCGAAUUUAUGACCUCGGUGUCAUACCGACCCGAGGUAAUAAAAGCAGAUUACAGAGUGUCAUUUUAAUAUAUUUUAGGACUCCGACUUCUUUCUUCAAGGAGAUGAAAUCCCUACAAAGAAAGGACAAGGCAGAGGACGUGGCAGUGGACGAGGCAGGGGUCAAGCUGCAGGAAGUUCCAGUGGAGGGACAAGAUGCCAAACUUCAGCCUGAAGAAGAUUCUGAGCAGAAUCAAGCCAACCAUGAGGAACAAAUAGUGGUAAGAUAAUUUAAAAUUGGUAUAUUGUGCUUGUCAAUAUUUGGCCAGAUAAAAGGAUAGUUGAACAAUGGCUGAAAGCUGGUCAUACAAUCUCUCAAAGUUAAAUAUGAAUUCCAUUUUGAAUUGAAUUUACUAAACUAAUAUUUGGUUACUGGUACAUAGGAAUUGCAGCAAUAGGCUUGAAUAUAUUGUAAGUAAAUGUCCAUGGCUGAGAAAACCUUGUGCAAAAAGCCAAAUUCACCCUCAGUACCACAAAAUUGUUCACCAACACCAAACAGCGUACCAAAACAUUCCAUAAAUCCAAUGUUUAUAUAUACAUGCAUCUAAUCAUUCAACAAGGCCCUUUCUCCUUCAUACAAAUUUUUUUAAUCUAUACUUGAGACCAUUUCAACAUGAAACAGACCAUGUCAUGCAGGUUAAAUGUUAUAAAGUGGCCUGCCAUUUAAAUUUGGCAUUGUUUUAUUUUUCCUCCCCUAAGUUCCAAUGUUGUCCCCUAAGUCAGAAGUAAAUGGUGGGUGCAUAAUUAUAGAAAAAUUAUCCUUUAUUGCAGAAUCUUGUAGAUGGCUUGAAUGUCGACCAACGUAGAAGGUUGGCCUUAGAGCUUCUAAGGAGGCAGCCAGCAGCUUAUGCUGAUCUGGUCAAUGGGGACAUUCCUGCUGGAGAUUGAGUUGAUCCACCAGAUCCCCCUCGUGAGGAAAAUGUUCCAGAGUGGUGCAGGUGUGGGCAUUGUGUGAUAAUGCCCACACAAGAAAAUAAAUGCUGCACAAGACAGAGACGAGCAUGCAUUACAAACGACACUGUUGUUUCAACCAGGGCUGCAUAAAAUAUUUCAUUUUCUGGGACCACAAAGCCAACAAAAAUAUUUUCUGCAGACAAACACUGCCAUUUAAAUUUGGCAUUGUUUUAUUUUUCCUCCUCUAAGUUCCAAUGUUGUCCCCUAAGUCACAAGUAAAUGGUGGGUGCAUAAUUAUAGAAAAAUUAUCCUUUAUUGCAGAAUCUUGUAGAUGGCUUGAAUGUCGACCAACGUAGAAGGUUGGCCUUAGAGCUUCUAAGGAGGCAGCCAGCAGCUUAUGCUGAUCUGGUCAAUGGGGACAUUCCUGCUGGAGAUUGAGUUGAUCCACCAGAUCCCCCUCGUGAGGAAAAUGUUCCAGAGUGGUGCAGGUGUGGGCAUUGUGUGAUAAUGCCCACACAAGAAAAUAAAUGCUGCACAAGAUAGAGACGAGCAUGCAUUACAAACGACACUGUUGUUUCAACCAGGGCUGCAUAAAAUAUUUCAUUUUCUGGGACCAGAAAGCCAACAAAAAUAUUUUCUGCAGACAAACACUGUGAAUCUUGUGUUUAAAUUUGAUCAUCACCAAACAAGGUUCAGUGUAUUUUAUGCACCAUUUCAUUAGAUUUGAAACCAAUAUAGACGUAUUUUACCCUGCUAGCAGUGGUUUCUAGCUGAGCUGAGGAGAAAUUAACCACUGCGAGCAAAUGAACGAUCGUUUCAUUGUAGCCGCCGUCCAAAUUAAUGGACAAAUACAUUAAAUGAGAAUCCAGUAAAACAAGUUUGACAGGUUUUUGUUAUUGUGCACAUGGGUAACUGCUUGGCACUGCUGGUAAAAUGCGAGCCAGUUGUAAUAAAACAACACGAUUACACUCUAAGUAUAGUAACUUGAAAUUAUAUAUUAAGAUGACUUGAAAACCGGCUACAGUUCAACAGAGUAACUAUAAAUUCACAUAUUGCAACAAAAAUCAACACCUUUUACAGAAAUAGUAGCGCAGUCACGACGAUCUUUCAUCAGUUGAAAUUUGUAGCGGUUGAGGUCGCAACAAUCAAAAAUUGCAAUAAUUGUCAAAAUCAACAGUAAUUGGAAACGUUAUUAUAUUAUUAUAUUUGGAAACUUUGGAAUUGGAAUUUAUCGAAAAUCUUAACACAAUCUCCAACAUUUAAGUAACACAAAUUAAGUUUCCAGACCGAAUUAAAAAAUUGAUAUUGAUCAGAUAAAUACAAAAAUUUAAAAAGAUAUAACAGAAUUCUAAUGCACAAUUUGUAGCCAUAGGGUGCAACAUGGUCUCUCGUUUUGUAUGAUGAUAUAUGACAUACGCACGCACGUAUGAUGCAUUGUAUCAUACACACGUUCUUUCUCACAACAGUCCCAGACUCCCAGGGCCAUGCAACGUAAAAGACAAGAUGGCGGACAGUUCUGAUAGUGCUAGCUCUAGCACUGUUCGAACUGUUUGGUUUAAAGCAGGGGGCAUAUCCACAGAAACGGAUAUCGCAUCAAAAAUUGAGAAAAUUAUUGAAUGCGGAAAAGAUUUUCGUCGGCCUAGAACGAAGAAGAGUGCAAACCAGCGUUGGAUUUCUUGAUGAUUGUGGAAGAACAAUUAUUAAUAACGAGAGACCACGUUGCCCUCGAAAACGUAUAAAUAAUUUGAAAGAUGUUCAACGUAAUAAAAACACUGGAAAUGGUUAGUGAGCUGAUCUAGGUUUUAAGUUUUGUCAUAAUUUCGGUUAUUGUCUUUAAUCAAUUAUUUGCAUGCAGUACUGGCGUAUUGCAGUGUGUCCAUGGUAUAUCAUUAUGUUAUUAUUUAAAACACGAGCAGUAUAUCUGAUAAAGCACUCCUGCUUGUGUUUUAAAUAGCUUAGAAAACGACCCAUCUGAUGAGGUCAUUGGCGAAGUAAUUUAAAAAUAAACAUUGUACAAGGCAGUCGGGGUCUCUAUUAUGUAUAGUACCAGUAAGAUGGAAGAUAAGUUCUUUUAAAUUAAGGUUUCAGGUUUUACAAUAAAAAAUAUUUGUGCAUAUGUAGCUUUCAAUCCUUGUGCCCGGAUCUUCAUAUUAUUUGCACUGAUGAAGAUCCAGGCACACAGAUCAAACACUAUUGCACUAACUAUGCACAAAUAAUUUUUACAUGGUAUUAUAUACAAAACAAAGCUACAUGGAAGAUGGUAAAAUGGAAGAUGUAUGUACCUUUAGACAUAUACCUGGCUUACCAGUAUAAAAUUUCCUAGCAUUUGCCAUAAUGAUUACAGUUGUUUUGUUCUCAUAAUUGUUUGGCAAUUAAUAAAGCAUAGAUGUGUUUAUUUUUAAUGUACUCUUUGGCAAACCUUUAUGCUCUGUUUAAUGCCUCUUCAUAUCAGAGCCCUUAAAAAAUGUUUCUUUUUCAUUUUUGGGUGGGAGGUUGUGAUGGGGCGGGGGAAGGUCAUGCCUGUAAGUGCUCCCUUUCUGGCUUUCUCAGAUUACCUGGUAAAUUAAGUAUGGGCCAGUCCACUCAGGACUGAUCUUAUUCCCAGUUGCUUUGUUUUAGUGCUAUUUUAAUUUAUAAUUGUGCAUGCCAUUUGUUUGCAUUGUGUAAUAUGUACCGUAUGUCCCAAAAUUAAAUGCCCACUACUACAGCCAUAUAGUAUAUGCUGUGUAAACUAAGUAUUUGAAUUUUUUUUAUUGUUUAUAGUAGAUGUAUUCACAUCUGAUAAUGAUUUGGUUCCUGAAGUUGAUCACUUUAUUAAUGAUGAUCAGUUUAAGACUCCAGGUUAGUAGACUAAGUACUCUAUGGCUAUACAAUGCUCACACAAUAUUUUUAAAUAUUGAAUUAAAUGUAAGUUGAGAAACAUGUGUUAAAUUAAGAUUUGUGCUGUCUUGUAAGGUAUAUAAAAGUUAUUCUGCACCAUUGCUUCUACAUACAAAAAUGUGUAUAUUGUUACUUUUUCUUUAGAUGAUGAUAACCUCACCAUCCUAAUUGGGGAAUGUGAAAAAUUGCUUGAUGAAGAUUCAGUAAAUCAGCAACAAAAUAAAUUUAACUGGGACAAGAGGAUGACUAAUUUAAAUUCUAAUUGGGAAUCAUCUCAGCAAAAAAUAUUUGAGACUCUUUUAUCUUGUGCAGCAGUUAUCCCAAGUGUUUGUUCUAAAUGUUUCAGCCAAGAAACCAGAAUAUAUUGUGGGGAAUGUACUGAUUCAAAACACUUAUGUUUAUCUUGUGAUGAGGAAGUGCACCAAAAGUUCCCACUUCAUGAUAGAGAUGGAAUUUAUCAUGGUUACUGUAAAGCACUUUCACCUAGACAAUCAUUAAGUGUUGAUGGUAAACUUCAAACUUUUAGUGAGUAUGGUUGAUUAUUUUGUGUUGCCUUCUAUUAUUCAAAAUUAUGCGAUUAAAUUUCAUGUACAUGUACUUUACCUGGUACUGUACAUAGUUUUAUUUAAAUUUACAAUUAAUAAUUUCUCGUACUGACAUUUUUGCAUAUUUACGGCUCAUGCCUUUGAUAGCCAAUUUGCUAUAAUAAAAUGGCGGCAUGUUUGUCUACCUACAAUCCUUUUGCGGCAGCAAGCAUAAAUCAGUCAGAAAGAGUGACAAGAAAAACAGACAAUGACAUGAAGCUUUAAUUGUGUGUCAUUAAGUAAAAAACUUUUUAAUGUAAGCUGUUUCAAAUCAUUUCCGAUCACAAUCUGCUGUAGGUAGAUCAACAGCCGCCAAUUUCUUUAUUAUGGCGGAUUAAAGGGAAUCUACAGUCAUUUUUGUUUGGCUGUGCCAGCUUAACCUUUGUUUACACUUUUUGUUCCAUUUCAUUGUUUUACCAGACGUUCAUAAUUAUUUUCACAGUACUACAUGUGAGAUACUGUCAUAAGAACUUCUGGUGGAGUCCUCUAACUUUUUAUUUAAAGGUGGCAUAGAUAAAUAAAAACGACUGUAGAUUCCCUUUAAUUAAGGCAGUUGAUAUUUAAAUCAGAUUGAUGAGUAAAUUAAAUCACAAUGCUGCUUAACCAUUGAGCCGCAAUGCACCCCAGUGUGCCCUAAGUAUUUCUAGAUCUGUGAGUGCACCCUACUUAUUUUUUACCUUUUUACUUGCCUAAAGUCUAGCCUGCGAACAGGCUCUCAAGGUGAAAUGAGAGCCUGCAUAGAUGAGUAAUGAAUUUGAAUAUCUGCGUCUCAAAUCGUGACGCAAAAUUCUCAUUGGUCAGAUGCUAUAAUUUAUAUGUUUCCGCUGAGCUCUAUAUAUGUCAACUGCAGAAGCACUAUGCAUAAAAAACACAUUAACUGAUCAAAUUGGUGUUGGCCAUCUUAUCUCAAAGCACGAAAUGUUCUGUUUUGAGAAAACAGUAUUUAAAACAUUUAAACUUUUGCUUGAAUAUCUUAUAUUUUGAAAAACAGUAUAAACUGUACGGUCUAAAUUUAGUUUGCACAGUCUAAAUUUAGUUUGCACAAAAGUUGUAAACAACAUCAUAUAAGGAUAGACAUUCCAUAUUUGGAAAAACGAAUGUUAUGGGGCAGAUAUUCAAAAUUGUAUAUCAUCAGUGCAGGCUCUCAUUUCACCUUGACAGCCUGUUCACAGGCUACCUAAAGUCAGGCGAUUUUACUCGUCAAUGGGGAAGCUCUGCAGCUUAAAGGGUUAACCAAAAAAUCCGACAAUGUCUCUAAUUAACCCACUGAGCCGCAAUGCGCCCUACUUAUUUUUUACUUGUCUAAUGCCAGACAAUUUUACUUGUCAAUGGGGUUAAAUUGUGCAUGUAUUGUAUUUUUUUUUAUUUGCAGAACGCUUUCCCCAAGUGUUGGCCAUUGCCCUUCAUGCCUGUCCAUUGGCACAAUGAUUCCAGUUUGUACUGAAAGUCAAUGCAUAGUUGUUACAAUCAAAGGUGUUUUAAUAUUUAUACAUGUAUAAAUUAAGUAAGGCGAGACUUUUUUAUUUGUCGGUUUAUGGAUUUGACUUUAAAAAAACCCAGGUCGGUAGGUCAGAAGAAAGUUAAAAGAAACAUUGUUUUUCAAGAUUGUCACAACGAUAACAUGAGGCAGCAGUAUUUAGAGUCGGAUUUUACUCGGUGUGUACUUCAUGUCUGAACCCCAAAUUAACUAAAAUCGUAAAAUUGUUGAGACAUCCAAUUUUUAUUUAUUUUUCACUUUCUGAUAAUUUACAGUCGGCGCAUGGGCGUACCGGGCGGGGGGGUGGUGGAGGUGGCGGCAAACAAAGGGCAAACAAAGCCAGUUGGCCAAUAUUUGCUUCACAGUCAGGCAAUAUUUGCUUAUUAUAAAAAUAAAUGGGACAAAUUCUAUCAAUUUUGUGGGAAAUUCUGUCAAUUUUUUGGGAAAUACAGUAUGCUAUCUAAUAGGAAUUUUUCGUAAUCACUCCUCCCCGUCAACAACAAUUUUGGAAAGUUUCUCCAGAAAAUUUUUUUGACAACUCGGGCACAAUCCGAAAAAGGCGGGCAAAUUUCUUUCCGCCCACCCUAAUUUUUUCCUUCCCGUACGCCUAUGAGUCGGCGGAUCCGUAAACCAAUGAAUAAAAAGUCUCGCAUAAACUGUACAAUUAAUGCCUUCCCUUUGUAUCUUAUUAACCUAUCAAUUAAGUUUAAUUUAUAUUAUAUACAUGACAAAAUUACUAUAAUCCGAUUGAAGCCCAAUUUUUCAUUAUUAAUUGCCUUCUGGAGAGUUCAAAUCGUUAAUGGUGGCAGCUUUGUAAAGUCUGUAAACAUGUGAGGAAAGUGUCCAUUAAUUAACGGGUUAAUUCGGUUUUCGCACAAUAUGAAGAAUUAUCAAGCCCUCAAUUUGCCGUUAUCAAUCUCAGCCUUCGGCUUCGGUUGAUAACGGCAAACUUCGAGCUUGAUAAUUCUUCAUAUCAUGCUCAACCCCUCAUGCAAUAAUUGUUUUAUUAUUUAUUUAAAAACUUCAAAACAAACUGAAGAAGCCAUUUGUAUUUUAUUUGUAUUAAGAAAAAAACAGUUCGUUAAUACUUUGGCAGCCGUCGUCAUCGUCAUAUCAAUGGCGUCAGUGAGUCAAUAUGAUUCUCGUUGUCAUAGUAAUAUGGCGCAAACACGUCCAAAUUUUUUUCAUAUUGUCUCUUUGAUGUCAUUUUGCUAAUAUGAAUGUGAAAAAUCCAUAUUUGGUUAGCCAUUGAGUUGAUAUGACAAUUUCACCGUUGGCUGUUAGCCAAUCAGAAACCAGGAAUUUUUUAAAUAAAUAAUAAAUAAUAUUAUUAUUCUUUGUACUAUAUUCUCGUAUUCUUAUUGGUUGAAAGCCCACAGAUAAUUUUCCGUAUCUCGGUGCAGCUAUGAACAUGGCAAAUAAAUCUCGUAUCUGCAUGUGGACAUGACAAAUUGAUAAUUCAACAUCGUAUCUGUAGGUGCCAGCGUAUUUUUGCAGUGGUAAUGGGUAUUUUGCAUGAAUUUGAAAAGAGCGGGAAAUUUUGAAAAAUUAUUUUAUUUUGACAAUGGCUUCUUCUGUUUUUGUUAGAGAAUGGAUAAUAAAAGAAGUAUUGAAUUCGGUUUACGCAGGAUAUCAGAAUUAUUCAGACCUCGGUCAACUUUAUCUGCCUCAGCUUCGCUUUCGGCAGAUAACGCUGACCUCGGUCUAAACAAUUCUGAUAUCCUGCGUAAGCCGAAUUCAAUAAUUCUUAAAUAUUAACAAGAGGCAAUUUUUCUCUUUGUUGUGAGUUUGCAAUCAUGACAAGCAUCCAAAGCAUAGUAAUAAAUUUGAAAUAAUGCAGUCAUACAUGGCCAUAAGGUAUUACACUUGAUUAUACUCAUAAGUUUUGAGUGUGUGUUGUGUAAGAGAUACAAAAAACUAAUGUUUUAAUAGUGACAUAAUUUGUUGUUGUAGGUAGAUAUGACUUGGAUAAAGCAGAAUUCCACUGUUCCGCUUGCCAACAUGUAUUUUCACCAUGGUCUCUGGAAAGUCUUGUUAAACUUGGGUUUUGGCCUGGAACUCCCAAUAAUACAAUUCAUGUAUUCGACAUGGAUAUCCUACAACAAUGGGAUUUAAUGCAGAAACGAAUGCCAGGGGUUUCAGAAAGAGCGUUUUUAAAAUCAUUGGAAGAUUACUCUUGUGAGAAGGGGAGGGUAUGUACAGUAGCACUAUACAAUUAUUAACAUUUAAGAAGUGGAUGCACCAUGUUGUGCUCUGACCCUGUAUCCCAUAUCUGUCCCGAACUAGUAAUGCAAUCAGUACUUUUAAAUUCCAGUAUUUCUUUGUUUCAAUUAAGGAUGGGAUCAUAAACCAUUCUACAUUUGGGAGUUCUUUUCGUGAGUGGAAAUUUUGCAAAUAUGAGAUAGAUCAAUUGAUGGGAAAGAAUUUUAUGGAAUGUCCUUGCUGUAACCCAAGUCAGCAUUCUGCUCAUGUUGAUAGUAACAUGAAGCUGUAUCGUUUCAAAUCAGCCGGAAGGUUAUUGAGUGUUGUUUGUUAAUAUAAUUAAAUAUUACCACAGUUAUUAAUAAUACAGUACCUAUAUAUGUAUGUAAGCUUAUGCAUCGGCUGUUUUUUAUGUAUAAUUACUUAUUUUUAAUAGUUAUUUCGCCACUGACUUUAGUCUAAAUGACCGUCAUCUAUUAACUGUGUUAUAAAAAAUGUAUAUAUGAUAUGUAAGUUAAUGUAAAACAUCAUACUUUCUGGUCUUAUCACAUUUGCAUGUAGUUUCAAUGAUAACUUCAAUCUUUGCAAAAAUGUUGGGACACUUGUCCUUAAAUGUAACAGAUGUUUCCCCUCCCCCUUUUACAAUGUUUUUUUUUCACAAAUGAAGUGGAUUAAAUUACGGUAAAAUUAGUGAUGUGUGAAACAACAUUGAAAAGGGGGAUGGGGGACAUCACCGAAUGAGUCCCAGCACCCAUUUAUUUGUGUAGUAGAUAUUUUAGCAAGUGUCCCAACUGGGGCUUCAGUGGCGAAGUUGUUAGCACACUUGCCUUUCACCUCUAAGACCGUAGUUUCAAGCCUCGGUGAGAACCUUCUCGAUGUGACUCGAACCCAGUCCUCGUGCGAGAAGAGUAAAGGUCAACGCUCUGCCGAAAGUCAUGGAUUUUCUCCAUGUACUCUGGUUCCUCUCACAUGGGGAAAGUUGGCAGGGUGGGUUGGGUAAAAGGGCCCACAGUAAUUGGCAUAUGCUGUUGUGGUGACCCUGCCCUAGUUGGCAAAGCUUAGUAAAUAAAUAAUUUCUGCAGUGAUUGUAGAUAGGCUUAAAUUAAGUGCCUUUUAAUUUGACAAUUGAUUAUUGUGUGUUUUAAUUUCAGGCAACAGAGUGAGCCAUACUAUAAAGAAAUUUUCAUUGCUUCCAAAAUGAAAGUUGACCAGCACAUUCAAGAAGUGUACUGUAAGAAAUCAACAGAUGAGGUACAGCAAUAUGAUUGGAUUGUCUAAAUAUAAGUUGGUACUUCACAAUGCACACAUAAUUGUGCAUGUACAGUAUAUGUAUAUUAUACUCGCAGAUAGAACAGCUUUUGUGUUUCAUUUAGGUAGCGUUGUCGGUGAUGCAUGCAAAAGCUCAUUCAUGGUCAUGUCAGGUACCUACACUGUUUUGUUAUGGUUUUCCCAAUAAAUUCCCAUUAGGUACUGAAUGGAAUGGUGUAAGCAUCAAUACAUUUGAAAUUAAGCAUCAUGUGCUCUACCUGCAUGUGCAAUAGAACCAAUGUAGUGUUUACUUAUCGACUAUGCAGUUGUCAAUUUACACUGUAUUCGAGACACACGCUUUUACUUAUGUUACAUGUGUUAUGGGGUGGUCGUUGGCAGGAUGGAGCUUGUGGCACCACCGGAGAAGUAGAGCUCGUAAAUGCUCACUUUUCUCGUCAUGGUACUACAACAAAACACAUGCUUCCUGAGAGUAAGAUACAAACUGUAUUUGUUUCCAAAAUGUAUUUCCAAAAUGUAUACAAACUGUAUUAGUUUCCAAAAUGUUGGACUUCAAUUCCGUUCAUAAUUGUCUUCAAUUAACGUUAUUUAUUUUAGGGAGAGAAGAACUCUUGACAGAACAUGCUCUUUCUUGGAACAAAAGAAAAAUUGAUGAUCUACCAAACUCAUUACCAAAACGUUAUGCCAAGGUUUGUUAAAUUAAUAUCCUGUUUUAUUGUGGUCUUCUACAUGUACUUACGACGUCUCUUCCCUUAAGCCUGGUGCACACGAUUUUUUAGUCGCCCGAUAAAAAUCGUUUGACUAAAACUAACAAAAUUGUUGUGUGUGCGGUGUCAUUUUUAACCGAUUUUUGUUUCUCGAUUUUAAUCGGACAACAUCAAAACGUUUUGAUAUUAUACGAUUUUUAUCGGUGGAAUUUUAAGUAUAACCAAUCAGAUUUUAUGCUGUGAUCACGUGCUUGUAUUUAUUUGGCAACAUGGCAGCUACAGUUCAGGGAGCAUAUUUUUUUCGUAAUCGUGUGCGGAGUUAUACCGAUGUAUAUCGGUAUGUUAAACGAUUUUUAUCGGCCGACUAAAAUCGCAUCGUGUGCGCCAGGCAUGAGUGGUUUACGAUACUAACGCCGUGUUUGACACCAUUAUAAAUUGACCAGAUAAAUUACAUACAGAUGAUGUUCCUUAUUUUGUCGAAUGAGUGUGCUUUUCUCUGAAUUUUUUUCACUAGAUUACAGUUCAGGCUUAUAUAAAUAAUUGUUUUAUGCUUAUGUUCAUUAGGAGACAAUAAGUGAUUACAAAGAUUGUUAAGUAAAGCGCUGGUUUAGGCAUAUGGUUUGUGAAUGUGGUAAUUCUCCAGUUUGAACAUGCAACAAAAUAGCGUUAUUAAUAAGUUUGUUUGUUUGUUGUGAGAAAAGUCUGUCACUCUGUAAUAUACGAGGUACUGUAAUGUUAAAUGAGAUUUUACAGCCCUGUAUUAUAUAUUAUUUUGUGCAGGCAAAGGUUAAAUGGAACAAAGCUAAACUCGAAAUGAUUCAGUUAAUGGGGGAUUUAUCUAUCAGUGACAUAGACAAGAAGAUAUCUGGUUGGAUGAGGGAUGUGAAAGAUAUCGCCAAAGGUUAGUAACGUACAAUGUUAUGCGCAGGUAUCUGGCUUGGGAUUCCAAACAUGCAAGUCCAGUUGACAUUUAUCAAGCAUGAUAACUAUGAAAUCUUAUCAAAUUAACUAAUUGCUUUUCGUACAUGUUUCAAAAAACGAAGUAAAGAAUAUGUUGUUUAGCAAAGAAAAUCACAAUUAGAAUGUUGAAAUUUGCCAUUUGUGAAUCGUGAUCAAAGCAGGAAAUGGCAUUUACCAUACUGUGGUCGAUCAAAUUUUCGGGGAAAACAAAUCGCCGGAUCCUCUUAUAAUCUGUGUUCCUUGGUUAUUAUCUCGGGAAACGACCCUAUUAUUGUGUGUACAUGUGUAAUACAGUAUAUUAUAGUGUAUAUGAUGUACAGUAUCUGUCACAGUGCUUAAGUAGAUGUAGUCGCUGCGUACAUGUUAUUUAUCUGUUGCUUGAUUUUGUUUCUACACAGAACAAGAAUUGUGCCACAAGCCACCUCCAUUGUCAUCACAUGAACGAUAUUUUCUUGGUGCAUCAUUAGAGAAAGACGAGUUAUCUUUGGAAAUAAAAUCCAUCUGCUAGGAUGUUAUCCAUUGGAAUCCAUUUGUUAUUUUCGAAAACCCUGAAGAGUAUCACAAAGAAAGUAUGUGUCCAUGGCUUAAGAGAACUUCUGCUUAGUUGUUCACCGGACGAUGAUAUCACCACAAAAAACAUUGGAAAAGAGUCUUUAAAAUCCAGGUACAUUACGUACAGUAUAUCGAUAGAGUAGAUGAGCAGGCAGUGGAAAAGACUAUACGUCAUAUGAUUUAGGAUUAUAACUGUAGUUCAUAUGAUUACCACUGUACUAGCUCCCAAGACUACUGGUAAAUUAGUUCAUAUACGACUAUAUUAGUUCAAACGACCGUGUCAGCUCAAACAAAUGUACCAGCUCAUAUACGACACUUGGGUUUCCACAAUUACUGUUAACUACACACCUCCCAACAAUAAUAUAACUGACAAUGUGUGGUCCUUUAGGUGCCUUGAUGAUUUACAAAGACAACUGAUGUUCAAACACUUUGCCAUUGCACAGUUAUCGUAUAACAUGGGGAAAUGUGCAGGUACGUACAUUGUUGUGCAGUGUAUGCGUGUGCUACUAUGUUUUCAAUGAAUAGGCAGCCGUAGUAUACAAUAUUGGAUCAUUAUUUUAAGAUUCAUCCAAGCAGCGAACCCGUCUAAGGGCAAAGAUAACAACGGAGAAGGUUGCGUUACAAAAAUCAGUAUCGCUCUACAACAGUAUUUUGAAUGAUGACGUGAAUGCAGAAGAUGUUGCGAAUGGAGUUUUUAAGUGGAUAGAUGAAAAUGUUACAUAUUCUGAAGGUUUGUAAGAAAGUAGCACGUUUCUUGUGUAGCUACUUUAAUCCCUGUGACCAUUCAAAGCUGAUUUCAUGCAAUUAUCCUCGUGUUUACUAAAGUAAAUAAUAUCAAAGGAAGGCAAUGUAUUUACUAUGUAUACAAUUUCUAUUUUGAUUGGUUGGCGACCUACAGGUAUUCUUCGUACAGUAUAUACUGCAAUUUUGACGUCACGCCUACAAAUAAACCUUCUCAAGCUGACCGAAGUUGUAUAACUUCUUUGAUUUUAUUCGAUUACUAUUUUGGUUAGUUGAUGUGAAUAAUAAAAUAAUUAUUGAAUUCGGUCUUCGCGUGAUAUCCUCUGAGGCAGAGAACUUGAUAAUUCUCGAUAUCACGCUCAACCUUGUCCAAUAUUAAUUAUCGGUGUUAAAAUUUGUUCCACAAUAGAUCUACAAAAAGCAGCCUCACGUAAUUUAUAUAUUUCUUUACCUAAGCUCGUCUCAUUUCGUCUAUUUUAGACAUGCCAAUAAGGACUAAGCGUCUUGUAGUGGAGAAGUGGAUGUCAAACUACUUGAUGUUUUACAAAACCUUAGUGUUUAGUCUUCAUCAAAGAAAUAACGAGUUGGAGUCUUUGCAUUCAGGUAUAUAAUACAAUAAUUAUUACAAAAAGUACAGAAAUACUACAAUUCAGACGGUAUUUCGAAAAUAGAAUUCGACCUCUCGAGCAAAUAGUAUGCCAUUCGUCAGGGAGUUGGAAAGCCUUGGAAUGCCGAAUUUGUUUUCGUUAAAGGUUGUGGAAUAGUUAUUCAUCUUUCCUGUUUUCUAAAAUAAGUUCAUACCUUGUUAUGGUUAUGAUACAAAAAUAAUGGUAUUCCAAUUGAUUUUUUGUUUUCCUAUUGUUUGAAAAAAUGUUAAUAAAAUGCUUGUGAUGUUACUCUGAAUGUAUAUCCGCACCGGGCAAGCUUGAAAAAUAUGCCCGACCACGGUGGGAAUCGAAUCAUAUUCACCUGAGUACAUUACACCAAUACAGAAAAAUCAAUGUUAAUCAAGAAACAAUGUUUGUUUGUUGUUAUUUUUCCUUUCCCGUAUUUUUUGUAUUAUUAUAAUAGCUUUGUGUUUUCUGUCUUUUUGUUUUAGAUAACGAUGUAGACGAGCCUUUACUUCUUCGCACGUACGCUACUUUAUCAAGUGCACCUUCCAUUAAGCAUGGAAAAAUCGCUUUAAUAAAACGAGGUGAAGAUUCUGCAUUAUGUCAGCUAGCGCGUGGUAUAAAAUCAUUUUCAGUAGUUUUAAAUCGCAACAUCGAAGAGUUUGAACAGCUUUUUGACGACCUAAGUGAUACGGAAAGCGAAUCAGAUGGGGACAUAAUCGAUCAUGACAGUGAGUCCGAUGUCGAUGAGAUUGGUAGCAAUGUAUCACUGAACAUUUUACCUGAGAAAGAAAAUGGUUUAGAAUCCAUAAUUGGAGAAUUAGCGUGCGAUGAUGUCAUCUGCUGGAAAUUUCCUGCAUCAGUCAGUCAGAGUACGUUGGCAGGAAAUGAUGAAAGUAAUGCAUGUAGCAUUAUUGCUACUUUAUUAGGCUACAAGUUCCUCAUGAAUGAGCUGGACAUUCAAGAUGAUACUAUAAGCCCACUUUGCUUAACCUGGAUAAAUACUGUAUGCAAAUGCAUUUCCAUUGGUAAUAUGGUUUAUAACACUUUCCGUGCGAACUUGCCACACAGAUAUCUUUCCAUCUAAGAAGCUGCAGAGUUGUUGUCUGGUCUGAUAAAUGUAGAAGUUGUUAAUAUCUUUCCUAUACGAUUUACAGAUCCCUACCAACCAUCCACUAUUGUUGCACAAUUGGCUCAUCUAAUGAACUCUGAUAAAUCAGUAGCGCAGUUAAUAAUUCAUGAGCGUACAUCCGUUUUUUUAUCCAAGGGCAGUAAAAUUGUAUAUUUUGAUUCGCAUCUACAUCCCCCGUAUGGCGCAGUUUUAGUUUCUGGAUCAAUGUUGAACUUAGACGACUUCUGUAGUUAUAUUUGGAACUUAGAAGCGCAUGACAUACAUGAGUUUGGGAAUCUCGUCCAUACUACGUAUCCAGAUGCUUAA